AUGGAACCUGGAGCUCAAGAUCCCGGUUGGAAUAUUCUGACGCCGAAUGAGGUUGAGGUACUGAAGAAGGCGAUGCCGCCGGAUGAGCCCGAAGUCGUUGACGAAUUGGACAAGGCGAUGCGUGAGUUUUCCCUGGAUGAUUUGAUGUUUCCUCUAGGGUCUGUGCGGAAUGACGGCAAUGCCGGCGCCAUCUCUUUAGAUGAAAAGAUAUCGAUAGUUUUCAACGUGGUAAAGGCAGUAUUGUUUCUGCUCCGAGCGACGGAACGAAAGAAGGAGGAAGCUGCUGCCAUUGUCGUCGAUAUCUCUCCCGAAGAGGACAAUACAUGCUGCGAAACCUCACCAAGUUUGCGGGAUCUCUCAUUAGAUCACUCUCUCUAA